AGACACUCCUCAGUCAAAUUAUUGCUUCUACAUAUCUGUUGCCGUUCUGAGGUCCAUCACGUGACCGAUAUCGCUGAGGCACGAAGCUAUCUCCAAUCUCCGAAAUAGUAGAACGUCAAUCCCUUCAAUAACGGCGCCGACACUUUUCGCGCCCAAUCGCUCAUCGAAUGCAAUGCAGGGGGAGCGCAUUGUGCUCGACGGCCUUUGGCGCUGCUUAUGCCCCUCUAUCGAUGCUGCCGCGCUUUCGAAAGUGCUGCAAAGACCCGGCAGCAGUGUACCUCGAAGCCAGCCUGCCACAACCCAGCGAAGGAGCGUGACCACCGGGGCGCAUAUCACACGUGCACGACCUUCGAAUUCAAACAGACCGGUGGCCCAGCGCAUAUGGAAGCCAGUCUUCAAGGAACCGAGCGAACAAGGUCAAAGGUCGUCACGAAAGGGCGGUUCGCAAUGGGCGCCCACGUUCGCAGCCUCAUCAGAUGCCUCUGAACACGAUCGCAUGCGCUAUGUUGCUCGGAGGUGGAAACGACGUCCAAAGCUCCCCCCCGCAUUCUUCGAUGGCCCGCGUUUCCCGAACGGACAGAACUUUCCCGACGAAGCAUUGGAUCAAGUCGAGACCGAGGAAAUCAUCGAGGGACUUCGCGAGCUCACCACGGAGCAAGAACAAUACCACGGCAUCUGCAAUGCUGUCCGCUACCUUGUAACGCGGCGCAACAGGAAGCCAGAUGCAUUCCUCUACGAGUGCCUCAUAAAAGCAAAUGCGGACCCGCACCACGGCUCGGCCAGAGUCGUGGCUAACCUGCUCGAAGAAAUGGACGCUCAGGGCAUAUUGCCGACACUGGCUAUCUUCCACAGCGUGCUAGACGUUCUUGCUGUACAUCCAGACUAUGUACUACGCAAUAAGACUAUCGACAAGAUGAAAGCAAUAUGGAAUCCGCCCUCGUUCAAUGGACAUGUUGCAAUUGCAGUUGGCCUCCUUCGGGAUGGUCAGCUGGAAAUGGCCUUCGAGAAACUUGAAGAGCUACACAAAACCGGGGUUCCUAUUCCAACCUGGCUCUACGACGUGUUCAUCUUUAGUCUCGGAGAAAUCGGUGUUCAUGAAGAAACACUCAUGGUUAUGCAGCACAGGCUGCGGCAGCCCACUGCAAGCAUGCCGCACAAUGUCUGGCAGUUUGUCUUGGAGUCUUUCAGUAGAGAUGGCUUCUAUGAGGGCAUCAGAUACCUCUGGAACCGUGUGGUGACACUGGGCAAACUUGCUCCUUCCGAUGGUGUCGCCAUCAACGUCCUCAAUGCUGCUUCGAGAAACGGCGAUGCGACCAUGACCAUGCAGGUCCUUAAAUAUCUGUCGGACCGGGGCUCCAGGCUUGGCAUGCACCACUUUGAGGCCUUGCUAGAGAUACAAGCAAGAGAUAACGAUCUUCGACGCGCAUUCUCUACAAUGUGCCUUAUGGCCAAGGCUGGCCUACAGCCUGAUCGUUCCAGCACUCGCACGAUUUGGCUGCAGUUGCGGGGUUCACCUGAACAAACAGAUGAAGCAUUGGCAAUCCUACAUGACUUGAGAAAGAACAAUAAUGUUCCGAUCGCAGCUUUUAAUGUUGUUUUAGAGGCAACUCUGUUUCACCGCAACUUCAAGGCCGCGCUCGAUCUUUACCGCACCGUUCACCAGGUAUGCUCUGGUGGACCUAGUCUUGAAACCUACAGUAUUCUUCUUGAAAAGUGUACUCUGCACAAGUCGAUGCGAUUUCUUCUGGCCGAGAUGGAACAGUUCUCCAUUGAACUUGAUGAAUCGAUCUAUGAUCGUAUCAUCUUUAUCAGUACACUGAACUCAAACUACGAGCCAGCGUUCCGAUACCUUGACAAAAUGGGAGUGAGCAAGACUGACGGUCUCUCGAACAAUUGGUGGAUCAGCCGGAGAACAGCACUGGCACUAUUGAGGAGGUCUAUUUUGGCAGAAGAUAUCCGCACUGAGGGCAUCAUCGCCGCUUGUAAAAAGCGAAAUUUGAUCACAGAUGCUGAUAUUGACGUGCUAAUCCGAGCCGUGCAAAAGAAGCGCCAGGCGAAACAAGAAAAGCUGAUCGCCGACGAAGCGAGAACAACAACCGUGCAGUCGGUUCUGGAACCUGGCAUGACACAAUUGACAACGGAGUCGAUCACACCGUCGGUCUAGUUAGGGGAUAUGCAUGUUGUUAUUAUUAUGUACCAUUGACCAACUGUAUA